AUGGCUGUUGGAAAUGAGACUGUUAUCUACUUUUCUGAGCAGGUGGUGGUUUUAUUUUCAUGCGCGCUGUCAUUUCUAGGCUCGUCGCUUAUCAUCUUCACCUACAUUAUAUUCAAAGACUUGAGGACAACUCCGAGGAGGCUCCUAGUCUUUCUCUCGGUGUCUGACUGGCUGUCCGCCGUCUCUUACGCCUUCGGGGUCUGGAGAGUUUUCCACACUGACUCAGUGGACUGCAUCGUUCAAGGAGCGAUAUCCACUUUCGCCAACACCAGCUCCUUUUUCUGGACGGUGGCCAUUGCUGUUUACCUGUAUGUUUUCAUCGUCAGGUCAAGUCAAAGGGUCGCGGAUAGCUUGGAGUUGUUUUUCCACCUUAUAAGGUAGGUUAAGAACUUUUCUUCGAGGAUAGGUGCUGUUUUCAAGAUGUCUAUUGAAAAAUGGUGAGCUGACUUAGGCGGUGAUACAAGUUUAAGCGGCAUUUGUAUGACUUGACACCGAUGCAUCUUGGGAUAUUUUCUCAACAACGUCUAUCAGCGGUUUAGAUAUCAACUUUAUUAAAUGGUGAAAGGAUAAAUAAAUUGAUCCCAGCUGUGUUUUUGUGUAAUUAAAGACAAACUCCAAGCCUUUACAUUGAAAACACUGGUUUCUUAAGAGCAAGCUUAAGAGUUUUGUUUCCAUGGUAACGCUCAACCGCUCCGGUCGACCAUGGAGUAACAUUGCAAGGGGAGAGGUCUGAACAGAGGUGAAGGUUCACGUAUAAACCACAAACAAACAUGGUGAGCUACUAAAUAACAGAAGUAUGAAAGUUUCAUGAACUAAAAAUUAUGUGACGCACAAAAAUGUCAAGAAGCAACUCAGGGGUUGGUCGGUUAACUUGACAUAAAUCAUGCAAGCUUAAGUAUUAUUAAGGCUCCGCCCCUUAAGGGAUAUUUCCACUGCACGGAGGCUGUUAUGUCAUCCACUGAAGCAGCCGAUUAUAACUUAAGGAGAGCUCUAAAAGUAUGCAUAGAAGCUGAUGAUUGUUCCUCAUCUAUACAUGACUAGGAUUACCAGAGAGUAAGAGCUGACUUCAAGUCUUCCUCUAAUAAAAAUAAUCAUAAUAAAAUAGAAUAAAAAUAAACAAUUCACACUUAUACUGAAGGCCAAAUACCUGGAGUAAGCUUAGUGUAAAUAGGUUUCAAAAUUCCAUAUAGCUGUUUUUGUACAGUUAUACAUACAUAAAAAUAAGGAUAUGAAAAUAUCUCAUUAUAAUUACAAACAUCAUUUUUCAAGCUACAUUUUAAGGGGUGAUGUGCAUUUUCUACAAGUGCAUAUCACAUGUAGUGAUGCUGACCCCGUUGUAACCUUUCUUCACAUGCAUUAAUGAUUAAUUUCAUGCUUUCUUUAACUUGUGAAAAAACACACACACACAAAUUAUGCAACAUAAACUUGAAUGAACAGGCCACGGAACAUUUGUUUUUAUUUUCACCUUGUCUGCUUUUGCAUUUCUCUCCCAUUAAGAUGCUGUUACAGUCCCGCCUAAAGGAGAAACCUGUUUUUAAUAACAAAAUGAGGAUAAUUAACUCAUUUUAAUGAUCACAAGGGUUUUUAAAAGACACAGUUGAAGAUGGCUAAAUUAUAUUCCCAUCUUUAGUAUGGUUUUAUAUUACAUUCUUACUGCUUAGAAGAUUCAUGGACCACAUUUUAAUGGGUCCCAAAAUGACAGCAAAGAAGUCUAUUUCAGGUAAAUUUGUUUUAAUGUGCUCUAACUGCAGAAACAGUAAACAGGCCAAAUUUAACAGCUCUUGUGCUUGUUUGAGAAUCAAACCGUCAUUAGUUUCACUGUUUAACAUGCAUCUAUUAAAGUGCUGACUGAAGCUAUAUUUGUCUUUGAAGGCCCAGAUCAGCUUGUGUGUUUCAUCUUUUGUGUCAGCUUCCUUCUCUAUUUCAAUAAGCUUCCCAUUUAAAUUGUGAACAUGUAAGUAUAGGGGGUUCUGUCACUGUGAUGUAUAAUUAAUCUAUUUUUGGACACACAAACACAUUCACCCCUGGGGACGCCUCACAGCAGUGUCCCUAGUUGUAACCAUUCUCUCAUGGUCCAUUGUAUUGAAGAUCACACACAGGAGCCAUUCACAAGCCCACAAUGCAGAAUGCACUAAGAACACUGCCUUAGGCAUUUUACUUUUUCACAUGAUCCGCUAUGUUUUGCCAAGAAGAAAUGUUAUCCUUUAAAAUUGCAGUCUUAAGAUAGAAAACACUUCAGGGGUGCUUAACCAAUAUUGUUUCCAUAAAUGUUGAAAUCGUUUUUGUUGUUUGUACUGAAGCAAAGCAACUGGUAUGACUCUGCAGUGUGUAACUCUCACACAUACCUCCAGCACAAGAUAAUCUACCACAUGAUGCUACAUGUUUUGCAAUGUUUGUGCAGAAUACCAAACCAGCAAACCAGAAAAACUUUUGUUUAAAGACAGGAAGUCAUUUUUUUUGUAAGGACGAUAUGUUUAAUCCACUUAACUUUCUGUAUUUUUUUUUGUUGUGAUCUAGCUGGGGUGUACCGCUGGCUAUCACUACUGCAGCUGUGUCCCUGAGUAAGAUUGGUUACGAUGCCUCAGAGGUGUCAGUGGGCUGGUGCUGGGUGAGGAUCCAUGCCCCUGAUCGUGUCUUGUGGAUGCUGCUGACUGGAAAGAUCUGGGAGUUCUUGGCCUAUCUAACCCUCCCUGUCCUCUACAUCCUGAUCAAAAGGCACAUCCAUGUAGCGGUGAGAAUUAAACUAAAAUAGUACUAGCUUUUCUUAAUGCCAUUGAAAAAAGUGGAAUUAAGGAUUGUCUUACCAAAAAAAAGUAUGCAUUUAUGAAUCAGCAGCAUUCCCAGUGUGCAGUCUUUAAGAAUAUUUACCAAUUUAAUGAUAACAAUAUGUAAGAGGAGCAAACUCUAUUGGGGAUAGACUAUUUAAUGCAUAUGUUACAUGGUUGUUGUUUCAGUUUGCUUUUCACAAAAUAGAACAAAUGAUUGAUACUAACUAAUGAGAAACAAAUUAGCUGGACUUGCUCAGUAAAAUACAAGAAACUGAGAUAUAGUAUUGAGGGAAAAAAAUACAAGGAAAUUAAAAAAAGAGGUCAUGUUUAGAUUUAACACAACUUUCUUUGCUGAUGGCAAAAUUGUGUUUUCUUUAGAAAAGGUACCAGUGAUAUCAGCCAUGUGAGGGCCAAUAAUAUGAUGUUAAUUAUGCCAGAGGGCUGUAAAUCAGGCAAAUGAAUCAGCCACCCAGUCCUAUCUCUAAUGUCAACAAUAGAAAUCAGCAAGGGAACAUCAUGACACCUUAACAAAAUAUAACAGCAAUCCAUCCCGUUGUGGCUCUCCACAUGGACAGUUUUCCCUGUAUGUGUCAAAACCUGCUGAUACAGGAUUGGUUAAUAUUACUCUGACUACAGGCAAAAAAUAUAAAACUCUCCUCGCUAAAAAUGUAAAACUCUGUGGACAGAUUCUGGAGAUUGAUUCAAAACUGGAUGAUUUUCUAAUGAUUUGCAGUGUAAUGAUGGACUGGCUGAACAACAGACUGACAUUGCUUUUUCUAGGGCCAUUAGCUGAGAGCCACUGUCAUCACUCUAAUUCUAAAUCAAGAUCAAAAGUACUGUGGGAAUGUUUUAACAAGUACUUUAUCCAACCCUUUGGUCAGGAUCUGCACUAAGAAUUUACAAGCUGUACAUUGGCCUAUAAUCCCCAAAUUUAACUGAAAAGUAUGAGGGUUUUUGUGAUAACAUGCUGUACAGUUAGCAUUUUAACUCAACUUCUGUGUCAAAAGCACCCCUUUUAUACUACAGCAGAAUACCAGCUGUUAGAAAAUGACCACUUUUCCACAGUGGCAUAUAUACUAUUGGUUUUUUGCCUUAUUCUUCUCUAUCAUGUUUGCUAAAAUGAAACCUUUGUCUGAUGCAGCAUGCGGCUCUGUCUGAGUACCGUCCCAUCCUGGCCAACAGGCCUCAGUCUCACUCCUUCUUCUCCAUGGCUGAUAUGAAGCUAACACUCAUUCCCAUCAUCUUCAUCUUCCUGCGCAUUUGGAGCACGGUGCGCUUCAUACUGCUGCUGGCCAGCUCUCCAGCCAGACUCAACCCAGUGCUGGUCACUUUACAUGUGAGUUUAAAGUCUCUUUGUCACUAUCUGCUGUUUGCUUCUACUUCUCUGAGGAGAUUACGUGGGAGUGAGUUUUUUUGUGCAAAUGUGACUGGACAUACAUGUGGGUGUAAAUAGUGCUUUCUUUAGUCUAUGUGCUGCUAACCUUGUGAUGGUGAGAUUGCAUGCGGUCAAGUUUAUGAAUCAUCACACCCUCAGCAUGAAAGUUUAUGUCUGCUGUUUUUAGCAUCUGAAAAUCAUAACAUUUGUAAAUUUCCCUUUAAGAGAGUUGAAUACAUCCCAAGAUUUUUAUUAUGUAAUAAAUAACUUUACUCUUUUAUUACAUUAUCACAUGUGAUAAUUAUUGGCUGUACUCAUUGUAUGAUGUUAUCGCUUUGUCAGGUUAUAGUGAUAAGAAGUUUGGUUUUAUUUUAUUUGCCACAUGGGAACAUUUUAUUCCUGUAUAAUUAUUUGCUGCUGGUACACUCCCUCUUUAAUGCUUUUAUUUUGGACCCCACAGGGUAUUGGCAACACCUCACAGGGAACAGCAAACUGCAUUAUGUUCGUGUUUUUCACCCAGCCGAUUCGCACACGCCUCUGCACUGCUUUCUGCUGCUGCUGUAAGUGUGCAGCAGCAGGGCAGCACUUGCAUGACGACCCUCAGAGGCUGCUGCCGGGACAGGACCCCUCCACGCACAGAGAGGAGGACAGCACUAGCCGACCUCUGAUUGAUAAAUGA